AUGGGUAAGUCUAUUAGAUCCAAGUCUAAAUUGAGAGCAAAGACCGUAAAGAGAAACGGAGAGUUCCAAAAGUUCGUAGACGGUAGAAACGACAGAAUUGCAGCCAAGUUAGCUGAGAAGACAAAGAAGCAAGAUGACGAAAAGAGGGCCAAGAAGGCUGAAGAAGGCGAAGACAUUGAAGAAGUAAAGGAAGACAAAGAAAUGCAAGUUGACGGUGAAAACAAAAAGAAGGUCAGUACCUCAGGAUGGAGAGAAUCAAGAACUCAAAUCUAUAAGCAAAGAAAGAUCAAGGGAAAGAAGAGUAAGACCAUGAAGUUUUAA